AUGGCGGAUUCAAUGUUUGGUAAGGACGUGUCGAAAAAUAUUGAAGGUGACUCGGUUCCGAAAGAUCAUGUGUAUUUGGAAGAAACGUUUUAUAUACUCUCUAAGAAGAAUUCAGUGUUUCGGGUUCGUCUAACAUCUAAAGGGCUGUCUUUAACAAAAGAAACUGAUGGUAGUUCUAAAGAACAAACUAUUUUGUUGCGCGACAUUAUAGGCAGUAAAUGUAUGAGAAGCAAAAGACGGCGACACGGAGCUAGCUCUUGUGUCUGCAGUUCGUUGGUGGGUCCUCAACAGCUAAAAGUUGUGGAGGAGAACAGUGGCGAUCUGGACGAAAAUGACAUUAGUGCGUAUUUGUACAUUUACUCAUAUAUUUUGAAACGAAGCCGUCGCAGUUGGAAGAGGGAAAGAACAACAAUAACCCUUCGCUUCAGGUCUUUCGAUAAAUACGAAGAUAAUAACAGAGAGGCGCAAAAGUGGCGUACAACUAUAAAAUGCUUGAUAGCCGGUCAGCCGAUUACGUAUGUGCCACCGCUCAACGAUAAGAAAAUACUUAUACUUCUCAAUCCAAAAUCCGGACCUGGGAAGGCUAGAGAAUUGUUUCAGACCAAGGUGGCUCCGAUAUUACAAGAAGCGGAAGUGCCGUAUGACCUUCAUGUCACUAAAUAUGCUCAAUUUGCCCGCGAAUUCGUUCGUACGCGUAAUGUUUAUGCUUGGCGUACUAUUGUGGCGGUGGGUGGAGACGGUGUGUUGUUUGAAAUCCUUAAUGGUAUGUUUGAGCGCUUGGAUUGGCAACAAGCACUGUCGGAGAUUCCUCUCGCCAUCAUCCCCUGUGGGUCAGGAAAUGGAUUGGCACGAACUAUUUGCCACCUCUACAAUGAGCCGUACAUCACUCAAAAUUUAACCGGCAUUUCGAUGGCUCUAGUUAAGAACAGAAUCACUCCGAUGGACGUCGUUCGCAUAGAAACAAAAACGAAAAUCAUGUUUUCCUUUCUAUCGGUUGGAUGGGGCUUAUUGUCAGACAUCGACAUUGAGAGCGAGAGAUUACGAGCAAUCGGAGGUCAGAGAUUUGCGGUGUGGGCAGUUGCGAGAUUGCUCGGACUGAGGCGGUAUCGGGGAGUUAUCAGCUACGUUAAAAUUAAGGAUGUCACUAAUCUUCCCAAGCCGAAACAACCGUUGACUCUCAGCCACAGCGUGAGCCAGGAUGGGGCACUCGAUUCCCCCGACGCGGAAGCGUUUAUUGACUGCGAUGAAAAUUCCGAAGUGUUUAGCAACGCGGUCAACGGAAAGCACCAUCAGCGGGUUGAUUCGUGGUAUUCGGUUAAUUCACGGAGAAGCGCAUUUUACAGUACGCGUGGUUCGGAAUAUCAUAGCGUCACCAGCGGUGGUUCGGAGAUGCGAUCGCCGGUACACGCUUGUAUGCACGGGCCGGCUUCGCAUCUGCCCUCGUUAGUAUCUCAGCUACCGUCGCAUUGGGUCCACGAAGAAGGAGAGUUUGUCAUGGUUCACGUAGCGUAUCAGCCGUACAUUGGAGAAGAUUUCUUGUUUGCACCGCGUUCCACGCUCUCCGACGGCGUGAUGUGGAUGUUGAUAAUCAAAGCUGGGAUUUCUCGAUCACAGCUACUCUCAUUCCUUCUCGGCAUCGGUCAAGGGUCGCAUGCGGAAAUCAAUAAUGAAUAUGUAAAAAUGAUUCCUGUUAGUGCAUUUAGAAUAGUACCGGAAGGUUCGAGCGGAUAUCUCACCGUUGACGGGGAGCUCGUAGAGUACGGACCUAUACAAGCAGAGAUCUUUCCGAAUGUAGUAAAUCUCAUAGUGCCAGAUUUAAAAUAACAGGAUAAAAUAAUAGUUGAAGAGUUCUUCUCAAAAUGACUGAAGUAGUUGUUUGUACUUUAACCGAGCCUAUAAGAGUGCAAUAAAGAUAUAUUUUAUAUAUAGUUAGUUACAUCUUAUUGGGAGUUUAAACAUUUGGUUGUGUACAACGUAACUUAUUAUUAAUUAUAUUUAUAUUAAAAUUAAAUUAAUGAAAUGAUCAUUCCAUAGAUUUAAACAUGGUUUAGUUUAAAUAAGUUUAUGUAAAAAAAGGUGAUAUUUGUGAAACAAAAUGUUUGAGUAAUUGCAUAUAUUUGUAACUAGUCAAGGCUUUUUUUUAACAUGUACAAUGAUUUAGUGCCAAAUAUUCAGCACUCUAAAUUUCUACAUUUCAAUCUUUAAACAGUUUGUUGAUUGUUUGCUCAAAGUAGAGUGAUUACAUGAAUUGCUACUUUUACUUUUACAUUUGGUCUUUUGGCCGAGAUCAAAAUGUAGUUUUGAUGUAUAAUGCAUGUAAAUCAUUACGAAAAUAACCAAAAAGUUCAGUUGGUUUUUGGCUUCAACAAAGAACAAAAAAAUAUUUUGAUAAUUAUUUAUUUGGUUUGUAAUGUAUAAAUUUAAAAAAGUAUGUGUUUAAUAGGUAUGUUUCACAGUCAGGAAAAACAUUUGUUUUCCUUUUUAACUUAUCUCCAAAGUAAUAUUUCCUCAUAAAUGAGACAAAUAUUUUGGGUAAUUUAAUUAUACUAUUGAUAAUUAUUAGUUACCUUUGCAAAAUCUGGUUAUGGGUUUAAAUAAUUACUUAUUUUGCUUUACUUUAAGUUCAUAUUUUGGGCUGGGUCUGUUGAUGUAACUUAAUUAAUUUUUUUAUGUAUUAAGCAGUAUUAAUUAAUAUUAACCUAAGUUUUUAAUUUAAAAAAAUUCUGUGAUAAUAAUUCUGCCAUAGUGCCGACGUUGGCUUGCUGAUUUAAUGUUGGAUCCCAUAUUGGCCUAAUUGAUGUGAUAUGUUUUUGUUAGUAUGUUAUAUAAUUUACGGAAUUGAUAUCUACUUCUUGCAAUACUUAUCACUUAUCGAAUAUAUUUAUUAUAUAAUGAUUUUGUAAAACUAUUGUGUAAUACUUGCUCUAGUUGAUUUUGUUUUAUAAUAUAAUUGCAAUAAUAUAUUAAGUCUGCUGUCCAUUAAAACAGAGAGAUGUUUUUAUAAAUAACUAAUCAGAUAUAAAUAUUUCCGAAUUUACGAAUACAUAGCUCUAAUUGGAUAUCAUUAAAACAAGAGAUCAUAUAUUUUUUAAGCUCAUGUGCAGCAGACUUUAAUCUGUGAGGCUUACCUGAAUUUCCUUCCCAACCACCAGUUGAUUAACACUACAAUACAAUUUAUAAUGACAGGUCUCCCUUCCAUGACUGACUGUACUAAACAAAUAUCUAUCCUCGAUACUUUGAGACGCUACUGUGUGAGUAGCUAGCUCAAACCAUCAUACUGAUGGAAACUGAACCUCAAAAUUGGUAGAAAACUAAUUUUCAUUUUAAUAGCAGAGUUACAGCUAAUCAUGACAUGUAACAAACAGUAUUUAAUGCGCACAUUCCAUUGUUGCUUGUUGGUGUAGGGUUUUAAGAUUUUUUUAUUUUUUUUUAUGAAAUUAUUUUGUACUUUAAUUACCAGCAUUUCUGAGUAAUUGUUGAAAUUAAAUGAAAGUUAACAUUUUAUUGGCUAAUUUUGAUAAUUUUUAAGUUGAAAAUGUACAAACAAUACCUGCCGAGAGCAUGCAAUGGUUGGUACAAAAUGACUCUCAAAUGCUAGCAGCGAUUGUGAUGUACCAGGACACCAUUGCAAGAGCAUUGGCAUUGCAUUGAGACUUAAUUGUUGUAACCACACCUGGUGCUGUUCAGGGGCAUUGAUAUUGACAAAUCACAAGCUCAAUUAUGCAUAAUAGCAUCUAAUAUCAAUUUUCUGAAAGCCAUACUAAGUUUGAUGUAGGGCAUCAAGAAUUAUCAGACUUUGAGAUUGGUAAUUACCUGCACAAAUGCCAAUGUAACUUAAAAUAUACUUAUGUAAUGGGAGUCAAAGAAAUGAAGCUACAUGUUUAAUGUGUUUAAUAAUUAUUACACAAUUCAUUAAACUUGUGUGCUGGUAAUUAGGUAGUGAUUCUCUACAAUCGUUAAUAAGUGCAAAAAGAGAAAUAUAACUUAUAAGUAUGUAACAAUUAUUGUUAUUUGAAUUUCAAUUUUAUGAAUGAUGUUAAUAAAUUAUU